AUGGGAUAUUUUCUUCCAAUAUUGAAAAAAACAUUUAUUUUUUGGGAUGAUUAUAAUUUUCCAGUUUGCGAUAAUCCUAAAGAAUGUCUUGUUUUUUUCCUUAAUUUAGGUCUUAGAAGUGGGGGAGGAAUUGGUGAUGUUUUAUUUUAACCAAAUAGAGAUAAUGAUGGAGGAAGUGAAUAUAUUGCAAGACAUAAUUAAAUAGUGAAAAUGUUUUACAUAGUAUUACUCCUAAAAUAAUGA